AUGGAAUACAGGGAUGAUGACAAUAAGCAUGAGGAAAUAGUUUAUUUUUACCAGUGGGUUGAAGCACUUACGAAUAAGAGUAAAAAGAAAGACAUAAGUUUUUUCAUUCACGGGUUAUAUAAUGUAAUAUAUGAUGAGGGUAAUGAAGAAGAGCAAGAACUUACAAGUGAACAGUUGAAAGAGAAGAAAAAUAGCAGUCUUCAUCUUCCUAUUUCUAGUUGUAGUUAUACCAUAUAUGAGAAACUGUGCUCUGGUAUUCGCUACUUCGAAAUGGUUAUACAACAAAAUGGGAAGAGAGGAGAUGAAGAAAUGGACCUAAACAUUUCCAACAAAGAAUUAAGUUGUUUGUGUGGAGAAAGAAACCUUUACCUCAUUUCGGACCUCUUACAGCAAAUCAGCGUGUUUUGCAUGAAAAAUAAAAACGAAAUGAUUAUCUUGUCCUUCCUGCAACAUGGGGGUGGUAGUGAGAGAGACAAAGAAAGAGGCACCGGAAACAGUAGGCAAAAUGACAAUAAUAAAAAUAGGAAAGGAUCCAAUAGUGGGAAAACCCAGGAAGACUACCCUGCAAGCAAUAGCCUAACCACCCUGAUCAUGCAGGCGUUAGACAUAUACAUAUAUUUAUACUUAAGGGACUAUUUAAAGUACUCUGAGAUGGAAGAGAAUUAUAAUGUUUUAUAUUUUUACAAUGAUAAAGAAAGAAUUAUAAAUUUAAGUAAAUACAAUUUCAACAUUGACCAUUUCGAUAUACGUGAAUGGGUUUUUAAUAACAUGUCUUUGUUGUUACCAUCAAAAAGGAUUGAAGAAGUUGAGGCAGAUGAAGUAUAUGCUCAAAAAUGGCAGGAAACAAAUACUAUUUCGCCCGUUGAUAGGAUUAAGAAGAGAGGUGGACCAAGCAUCCUUUCAUCUGUAGGACGUACUCAAGAGAGGGGAGCAAACACCCUUUCACUUCCUAGAAAUACCCAGGAAAGGGGGGAGAAAAUCAUUUUAGCAGAUGGAUAUACUCAGGAGAAAUCCUCUUCAAAUCUAUCACAACAUCAUCACCUGUCCUUAUUUCGCUUGAAUUCUAUGACAAGCGAAAAAACUCAAAAAUCGUCUUGCAAAAUAGAAAUUAAUAAGAAGCUUCCCAAUAUAAUACUAGGUAAUCACACUAAAGGGGCUUCCGCUAACUUUAUUAACACAUCAGCAGAGAAUAAUAAUAAUUUAUAUAUUAAUGGUCAUAAUAAUACUACUGUAUAUAUUAAUGAUCCAAAUAAGAAUAGUGGAAAUAUUAAUGAUAGUAAUAAAAAUGGUAGUAAUUACUAUAAUAAGCACAGACAUAGCCCCGACGAGAGACCCCCAAACUCCAAUAAUAGUACGUUGCAUUAUUUGAAAUACUCAAACGAGGAUUACGACAGAGCUACUUUGCACACAUUGUCAACAUAUGAUUGUAAUUUAAAUACAUGUAAACAAUUUAUUGGACAUUAUAAUUUAUCAUUAACUUCUUACGUGGUUGAUGUGUCAAAAGAAAUGGUAUUACAUAAUUCACCUUUUAUAUUUACAAAGAAGAAAUUAAAGUAUUUACCUGAACAGUCAUAUAAAAAAGAAUUCGCACAUAUUUCCAAAAAUAACGAUUAUUAUUAUGUCGUAAAAAUUGAGAAGGAAGACAUACAAGAUGUUCUCUCAUAUAUUCAUAAAAAUAUAGAUAAAAAAAUAUGCACCAAUUUUGUGAGUGUUCUCACGGCAAAUCUUAGCGUUAGCAAUAUUUUCAAGAUUGUGCGGAUUAAUUUGAAGCGCGCAAUGAAUUAA